UCAUAUACAUAUACAUAUAAAGAGAUCAAAUAUGAGAAAAGUUAUAUUAAUAAUCGAAGAAAGAAGCGUUGGCUCGCAAUUAAACAAAAUUAACACUGAUUUCAUGUGUCUGUAUGUGGUAUGUGCUUACUCUCCCCUAUGUUUUUUCUAUUUUCGGGGACCUAUAUCUCGGUUCAUGGGCAUCUCCGAAAAAAAAGAGUGGUAACGUUCAACUCAGCUGACGAAUCGAAUAAUAUGGGUCUUGUAUAAAAAAAAAUCAAAAAUUCAUAAAAAAAUUUUUGUUUAGGACAUUUCUUAAUGGAAUUUAAAUAAAAAUAAAGUCACGGCGACCCAAACAAAAAGAAUUGUGAAGUCAAAUGUUUGCAAAAAAGCUUGGGAUCGAUGCGAGGAAAACUGGGAAAAAUAAGAGAGAGGGAAAAGGUCUGAGAAAUGGCCACCACCCUCAAACAAAUGAAAAAUAGUUAAAAAGGAAGAAUAGGACGCGCAAAAAGCUCGCAAGCACUCUUUUAACUCCCCCACUCUGCCG